AUGGUGGUGGCGGCCCUCGGCGCGGCCCUGGCGGAGGCUGGGCCCGGCGUGCUGUGCGAGCUGGCGCGCGGGGCGGAGGUGGAGGCGGCGCGAGGGGCUCUCGGGCCGGGCGCGCGUGUCGCGCCGCGACUGCCGCUCUCCGACCGGUCCAGCCUGCCCGGGCUGACCGCCGCCGUUGCCCUGCCCCGGCCCGGCAGGCUUGGAGGCGGGGUCGCAGGCCUGGGCCGGUGGACGCACGAGCGGCUCCUGCUCUGGCCUGUCCACCGGGACCGGCGUCACGAGUGCUGGGUGGCGGAGACGCCCGACGGUGACCGCUAUGUGGAGCGAAAGGCGCACGGGCGCUGGCACGCCUCACUGCUGCACGGGUGGCCAAAGGGCUUCCGCGGCGACGUCGUCAUGGUUCCGAAGGGACGCUUUCGCGCGAGGUGCUCCGCCAGAUGGUGUUGGAGGGCCGUGGGCUUGCACGCGAGGGGCGCCGUAGGCGCCGCCUACCCGCGGGGCUGGGUGCCCACCUUGGGGAGGAGCCGAGCGCGAUGGUGGAUUGGCACGGGGACGAGCGCGGCCUGGACACUGGGGUGCUCGAGGGCGCGCGGCGGCGGCUCAGAGGCAAACGAGGAGGCGACGCGCCUCGCCUUGGGCCCGCCCCCGCUGGAGGACGCCGAGACGAUGCUGCUGGUGGCAGGGCUGCACGCGGGAGGCGGUCUGCAGCUCGGCGAUGAGGUGGCACCGACCUCUGGCGACGUCGCGGCUGGGUCGAAGGUGAUCGGCAGCCGCCUUGAUGGGCGGCCCGUGCUGUGCGAGCGGGUCUCCUUCGGCGACGUGUCCGCCUGGCGCGCCGAGGCGUUGGCCAACGCUGGCCGGGCCACCGCCAUAGGAGGCGCUGACACUCCUCGGCAGGGCGGCGAGGCCGCCGGUCGCGAGGACGCCCGAACGCUGUCGGCGGAGUGGAACAUGCAAGGGGCGAGAUUCAAGGUGUGGCGGCGAGCUGUAGGAGAGAGCUGUGAGGGGGCCCUGGGCGGCUGCGAGCUUCGCUGGGCUGGCACAGCGCUUCACCUGUGCCAACGUCUCACGCAGCACGGCGGAGAUCCGGAGACGUGGAUGUCAAACUUCUGCCAGGAGUACGGCAUCAGCCAGCGAGAUCGCACGUGGCACGAGCUGAACCGCUUGAUCUCUAUCUUCUGGCUGGCGGGGACCUUCGACGCGGUGAAACUCGGUGGGCCGGCGUGCCUGGAGGUGGCGGCUCGGCGCGCGGCGCAGAUCACCGAGGCAGACCGCCUGGCGGCGCUCGGGCGCGGCCGCGCGCUGGCAGCGGGCGGGCGCGUCGCUGGGGGCAGCGACGACGUGGCCGGCGCGCUGGAGGCCGGGGGCCCCCCGCGCGGGCGCGCAGGGCGGCGGCGGCAGAGGCAGCGGCGGCGGUCGUGGGCGUGGGCGAGGCAGGGCGAGGCCCAGCGACGCAGCCGCUGCCGCCGUGCCCAAAUAAUGGACACGGGGCUGGGGGCGAGGCCGCCCCCGGGCCUGGGCGCAGAGGCCAUGCGCGGCGGGCAGGUCCACCCAUUGCCUGGGCUGCGCGAGCUGGACGCUGACUUGGCAGCCCCGCUCGGUCGCCGUGACCGCGCACGCGUGCGCCAGUUGGCCAACGAGGGUCUGGCUAGCCUGAAUUGGUCGCACGGUGGGGUCUUUUUCGUCAAGAAGAAGGGCGAUCGCCAGCGGCCGAUCCCAGACUGCCGCCCGGCGAAUCGCACGUUCAGAAGCCCGCCCGGGGUGGGCCUUGUCAGCGGCGAUCGUCUCGGCCGCGUCGAGAGGUUGACGGCGGGCGGCGCCGACCUAGGCGAGGAGCUGGACGACGCCCUGGGCGAACUGGGCACCUGGCUCGGCGCGAGCGACGUGAAGGAUUGCUUCCACUGGCUCCUGCUCGACGACAGGCCGGGGCUGCAGGAGUUUUUCGGCCGCCCCCCGCCGCGGGCUUGCGAGCUGGGCCCGCCGCAGCUGGGCGGCGCGGCGCUUGGCAAGGACACGCUGAUAUACCCCCUGGCGGAGAGCCAGGUUCGCGCGGCCCUGACGGCGGCCACAGAGUCCUUCGGCUCCGUCGGCCUCGAGGUGCACGAGACCUCCUCGAGCAGCGCAGGCGGCGAGGCCCUGGGCGUGCAGCUGGGCGGGCGCACAGGCUGCACUAGGCCUACCCCCGCCAGGUUCUGGCGAGUGCGAGGCGCGGUGCAGGCGCUGCUGCGACGCCGCAGGGUGAGCGGCCUGGAGCUGGAGAUCGUCGUGGGCCACCGCGCUUUCCUGGGCCUGGUGCGCCGCGAGAGCCUGAGCUGCUUCCACUGCAUCUACCGAUCCAUUCAGCGCCAUUGCUUCGAGCGAGUUGCGCUGUGGGACAGCGUGGUGCAGGAGCUGCGGGCUUUCUCUGCGCUGAUGAUAUACCUGCGCGCGGACUGGGGCGCCGGCUGGCUGCCUGGGGUCUACUUGUCGGAUGCGACACUCGACGGCUUCGGGCCGGCCUACUCGCUGCGGGGGCCGGGGAGUGUCGGGCGCGCAGUCGAGGCUGCCGGCCUGGAGCUGCUGGCGGACGGCGGCGUCGGCGCCCGAGAGGCGACGCCCGCGAUCCCUGACGCGGGGGUGGCGCGCUGGAGCCAGGACCCCGAUUUCGAGGAGGUGCCGGCGGAGCUGCUGCACGCGGGGCGCUGGCGGACGGUCUUGGCGGUUCGGUGGGCCAUUGAGGAGGGGGCCCCCCGUCUCGAAGGUCGCGCGGUGCUCAAGGCCGCGGGGCGCGUGGCUAGUUCUGGCGCUGGCCACGAUGGCCGAGCCCUUCUGCUGGGGGAUAACACGUCGGUGAUCUUCGCUUUCUCACGGUCGCGAGCCAGGGACUUCAAGCUGCUGGCGAUGAUUCUGCAUGCGGCUGCCUGUUCCUUCUGGCGCGGACUCAGGUUCAGUUACAGGUGGAUCCCGUCGGAGUUCAGUAGCAGCGACGAGGGGGGCAGAUUGUUUGCGAGAGAGUACGAGGCCGAGAAAUGCGCGACCCACCUGCUGCCUCAGGUGGAAAAGAGACGCGACAGAGAUGAGAAGGCCCUUGGCUGCCUGGACCCGAGCGCCUGGUCGGAUGCCCCUGCGGCCGCUUCUCGCGCGGAGCCCUCCCGGGCCCUCCCGCCGCGAGGGGCCCGGCGGCGCCGCGCGCCGCUGCGGGGCCGGCCGACGCGGGCGCGGGUGCCGACGCAUGCCCUGCCGGCGCCGAGGGGGGCGGCGGGCGCCAGCGGACCCCGCGCGUCGGGCAGGUGCCCGCGACGGGCGCGCACGCCGAGCAGGGCAGCCCCCAGCGAGCUGGACCGCCGCGCGGCUGCGGGCGGAGCGCCCCCGCCAGCGGGCCUGGGGCGGGCCACCUCGACGCCGCGGGGUCGCGCCACCGCCGCCUCCUCGAAGGAUGCCAGGGCCGCGGACGCGACCGCCGCUGCCGUCAGGGGCGACAGCGAGAGCAGCGUCGAGGAGGAGCUGCCAGGGCAGGAUGCCGAGGUCGAAGAUUGCAUCGGGAAGUGGAUGAGGGCAGAGUUCAGCGUCGGCCGACGCGCCUGGCUCGAGCGAGGCAUGCUGGCCGCCGUGACGUGCCGCCUGGCACGGGGCCUAGAGGACGAGAAGGCGGUGCCAUGGGGCCCCAGUCCAUUCUAUCAGAUGUUCGCGCAGGCGACGGCGGCUCUGGGAUACUAG